AGAACUAUCGUCAUGGGUACCAUUGCAGAAGCUGCUAGGAUUCCGAUCAUUGAUCUAGAGCUUGCCCAUACAGGCAGCCCUGAGGAUGUUGCCAAAGUUGCCCAUGAUGUCUACCAAGCCUUCAAGCACGUCGGUUUCGCGUACAUCAAGAAUCACGGCGUGCCACAGGAACUCAUAAAUGAAGCUUUUGGAUGGAGUUCCAAGUUCUUCGCACUCCCUCAAGCUGACAAAGAGAAAGCACCACACCCUCCAGAAGGCUGGUACCAUCGCGGUUACUCGGGCAUUGGUCGCGAGAAAGUUGUGCAGAUGGUCUUCGAUAAGGAUGGAAUUGCUGAAAAACGCAAGGUUCCCGACGUCAAGGAAUCUUUCGAGAUUGGCAGCGAGUCUGACGAUACUUUGCGCAAUAUUUGGGUCCCAGAGGAAAUCCUCCCUGGUUUCAGAGGGUUCUUCAACAACUUCUUUCAGAUAUGCUCGGGGCUUGAGACGCUUAUGCUAAGGCUAAUUGCAAUUGGUAUGGGACUGGAAGAAAACUUUCUCUUGGACUACCACAAGAAUCAUACCAAUCAGUGCCGGCUGCUGCAUUAUCCUCCCGUUGAAGAGGAGUUACUCAGGCAAGGAAAAGCCGAGCGAAUUGCGGCUCAUUCAGAUUUUGGGACGAUGACGAUUCUCUUCCAGGAUGAAGUGGGCGGCCUAGAAGUAGAAGACAUCCACGACAAAGGGAAAUUCAUUCCCGCUCCUCAUAUUCCAGGUACCGCGGUGGUGAAUAUUGGGGAUUUGCUGAUGCGCUGGAGCAACGACGAGCUCAAAUCCACACUACAUCGGGUGCGUGCGCCGCCCCUUGUAGACAAUGAAGGAGAAAGUAAGGGGCGCAUGACAAAAGCGAGAUACUCGAUUCCGUACUUUAUCAGUCCAGAUAGGGAUAGGUUGAUUGAGUGUCUCCCAAACUGUCAUGGGCCGGAUCGACCGAAGAAGUAUGAGGCUAUUACGAGCAGUGAUUAUAUUUCGAUGAGAUUGAAUGCGACUUACUAGAUUUGUAUGUCUAUCGUUUCGGAACUAUACUCUGCAUGGGAUUCAUUGAGUGUCACAGGUACUUAACAAGAUAGUUAGGACAAGGUUGAAUUUUGAGUGAAAGCUCACAUGUGGCAUUUUUACUUCGUUAUCAA